AGAUUUUCUUGUUGUUUCCUUCCAGGCCUGUCUGUCCAGUUUACCCAGCAUGCCUCACUCCACGCCUCUCUUCUGGGGUGAGAACCCCCUGAAGGUCCCGCUGCUCUGCGGCUUUAAGAGGCUGACCGCCGUGCCGCUGAUGUCAUCGAGGGGGGUCGGGACCAGUGACGCCGAGGGGGCGGAGUUUGCGGUCUCCGAGGACGUGGAGGACUGGGACGUCGUCUACAAGGCGCCGUGUGGACUGAGCCUCCGUAACCACGACGACGUGAUGCGUUUCCUGUUGGCCACAGAGAGCUUCGACGUCCUGCAGGUCGACUUCUUCACCUUUAACCCCGCCGUUGAGUUGGACCCACCCCUGGCGACGGGCCCCCGGCGGCCGGAGCUGGACCUGAGUCGGGGCGUGGAGCCCACACCGGUGGAGCUGUGCGCCGGGGAGGGCGGCGCCCGGCCCGCCGACUUCCGCUACAGGAAGGAGCGCUGGCCACACGGCUGCUUCCUGAGCCGCGGCCCGACGCUGUUCGACGCCUGCUGCGACUGCACCGACGGCUGCACCGACGCACAAAGCUGCGCCUGUAUCGCCAUGACCACAGGGGGGCGCCCUUACACCCAUCACAGGCUGAAUGAGCCCGUACCGUCAGGACUCUACGAGUGUGGUCCGUGGUGUGGUUGUGAUCGGGCUCGCUGCCAGAACCGGCUGGUCCAGAGAGGGAUCAGAGUCCGCCUCCAGGUCUUUCAGACCGAGGGCCGCGGCUGGGGCGUCCGGUGCCGCGACGACCUGGACCGCGGCACGUUCGUGUGCAUCUACGCAGGUGUGAUCCUGCGGAGGGUUCAGAGUCACGCCGAGCCUCCGCCACCGAAGCUGACGAGGGCGGACAUCCCCUCAGACGACGAGGUGGAGGUCGUCACUGAGUGGCUGGCCCCGCCGGUGCUGGAGGGGCGGAGCACCCUGCUGGAACUGCCCACCUCGCACGUCACGGUUAUCCAGAGAUCCGCCGACACCAACGCCACCGCACCACAGGAAAAAGACAAG